GGCGUAUAUUUUACUGCAAUAGACCAAGACGACGUGAACAUCUUUUGUGUGGUUGAAAACUGCAUUUAAAAACAAGUGGCCUACUUUAAGAAUCAAAAUAAACAUUUGUCAGAACCGUUAAAAAGUGUAUUGCAUGUUUAAUGAGCGCUAUAAGGCAACUCUGUGUGCUACCACGAAAAUAUAAUGAGCCAGGCACUCAAUGAAUCGUCGCAUAGUAUAGGCUCAGACGAACAAGAUGACACACGUGAAGAAGCCAGUGGCAGUGGCAGCGGUAGUGGGAGUGGCUCCUCCGGUACCGACUCCGAUUCAGACAGUUCCUCAGGUAAUUCCAGCGAUGGACGCAGCUCGCCGGAGCCAACGGUUGCCAAAACGGCGGUGGCGGGUUUUCCACCAACAGCAGCGGCCGCUCAAGCAGAUACCAAAACGAAUGGCUUUACGGAUGGAAACGACGACGACAGCUCUAGUGCCGGUUCCAGCGCCAGUGAUUCCGAAUCUGAUGCGGAGGGUGGCGGCGAGCCUGACACGCCAAGCAACAACAACAUCAACAAUAGCAAAUUGCACACGAGUAGUAGCAGCAGCUCCUCGGGCACCUCUGCCGCAACGUUGGCUAAGGCUGGCGCGGAUGAUGACGAUGACGACGAUGAUGAUGAUGACGAUGAUGGCCAGCAGCCACAAAAGACGCAGGCCCCCAGCGAAGCCAGCGCCGAUGAAGAUGAUGCCAGUGAUAGCUCUGACAAUGCCUCGCCCACAUCCUCUAGCAGUAGUAGCAGCAGUGAGGAUGAGGAGGAUGAUUACAGACCCAAACGAUCCACGCGACAGCCGCGCAAAGCUCCGCCACCUGCUGCUGAAAAAUCCAAGCGACCUACCAAAAAGAAGAAGAAAAACCAAACUUGGGACUCUGAGGAGAGCGAUGAGAGUGACGACGCAGAUAGCGAUGAGGCGCCAUUUACAGCACAGAAACGCAAGUGCAAUGCCCGCUCGGGCGGCAACAAGCAAUCACAGCAGCUGCAGCGACGCCGCGUAAAGUCCUUUAGUUCGGAAGACAGCGACGAUGAUGAUGCGAGCAAGCGUUGCGCAACUCGUCGUAACGCCGCUGCUGUUAGUUACAAAGAGGCCUCUGAGGACGAGGCCACCGACUCCGAGGAUCUGUUGGAAUUUGAGUACGACGAGAGUCAGGCAGCUGCGAGCGCGGUUGCCGCUGAGGAGGAGGAAAAGUGUGAGACCAUUGAACGAAUACUUGCGCAGCGUGUGGGAAAAAAGGGCUGCACAGGUAAUCAGACAACCAUUUAUGCCAUCGAGGAGAACGGCUGCGAUCCGAAUGCGGGCUUCGAUGAAUCAUCGGAACUGGCGGAGGUGCAAUACCUGAUCAAAUGGAAAGGUUGGAGCUACAUACACAAUACCUGGGAGUCGGAGACGACAUUACGCGAAAUGAAGGCCAAGGGAAUGAAAAAGCUGGACAACUUCAUCAAGAAGGAGCAGGACACAGCUUACUGGCGUCGUUAUGCCGGUCCCGAAGAUAUAGAUUACUUUGAGUGUCAGCUAGAGCUGCAGCAUGAUUUGCUUAAGUCCUACAACAAUGUGGACCGUAUAAUAGCGCGGGGCACCAAACCCGAAGACGGCAGCGAGGAGUUUUUGUGCAAAUGGCAAUCUCUGCCCUAUGCGGAGUCCACGUGGGAGGAUGCAACACUAGUGCUAAGGAAAUGGCAACGUUGCGUUGAGCAGUUCACCGAACGAGAAAACUCCAAGUGGACGCCAUCGCGACACUGUCGUGUGAUCAAAUAUCGCCCCAAGUUCUCGCGCAUCAAGUCACAGCCCGAGUUUCUGGUGGACGGACUGACACUUCGUGAUUACCAAAUGGAUGGUCUGAACUGGCUGCUGCACUCGUGGUGCAAGGAGAACUCUGUCAUACUAGCCGAUGAGAUGGGCCUGGGCAAGACCAUACAAACUAUAUGCUUUCUCUAUUCGCUCUUUAAAAUUCAUCAUCUGUAUGGACCAUUUUUAUGUGUGGUGCCGCUCAGCACAAUGACCGCCUGGCAGCGGGAGUUCGAUUUGUGGGGACCCGAUAUGAAUGUAGUAACUUACCUGGGCGAUGUAAAGUCCCGUGAGCUAAUACAGCAAUACGAGUGGCAGUUUGAAGGUUCCAAAAGACUGAAAUUCAAUUGCAUAUUAACCACCUAUGAGAUUGUGCUGAAGGACAAACAGUUUCUGGGCACGCUUCAAUGGGCAGCAUUGCUGGUGGAUGAGGCGCAUCGUCUGAAAAACGACGACUCCCUGUUGUACAAAUCGCUUAAGGAGUUUGACACGAAUCAUCGACUGCUAAUUACGGGUACUCCACUGCAGAACUCCUUGAAGGAGCUCUGGGCUCUGCUGCACUUCAUUAUGCCCACUAAAUUCGAUACAUGGGACAACUUCGAGCUGCAACAUGGCAAUGCCGAGGACAAAGGCUACACGCGUCUGCAUCAACAGCUGGAGCCUUACAUACUGCGGCGGGUUAAGAAGGAUGUGGAGAAAUCGCUGCCUGCCAAAGUAGAGCAAAUACUGCGGGUGGAGAUGACAUCGCUCCAGAAGCAGUACUACAAGUGGAUACUUACCAAAAAUUUUGAUGCGCUUCGCAAAGGCAAACGCGGCUCCACCUCCACCUUCCUCAAUAUUGUCAUUGAGCUAAAGAAGUGCUGUAAUCAUGCGGCGCUCAUACGACCCUCAGAGUUUGAGCUUUUCGGUUUACAGCAGGAUGAGGCACUUCAGAUGCUGCUCAAAGGCUCCGGCAAGCUGGUGCUGUUAGACAAACUGUUGUGUCGGCUUAAGGAGACGGGCCAUCGUGUGCUCAUAUUUUCACAGAUGGUUCGCAUGCUUGACGUGCUUGCCGAUUAUCUGCAGAAGCGACAUUUCUCAUUUCAGCGCUUGGACGGCAGUAUUAAGGGCGAGAUGCGGCGUCAGGCGUUGGAUCACUUUAAUGCUGAGGGUAGCCAGGACUUUUGCUUCUUGCUAUCAACACGUGCCGGCGGCUUGGGCAUUAAUCUGGCCACAGCCGAUACAGUCAUUAUAUUCGAUUCGGAUUGGAAUCCACAGAAUGAUUUGCAAGCGCAGGCGCGUGCCCAUCGCAUUGGCCAAAAGAAUCAGGUGAACAUAUAUCGCUUGGUCACGGCACGCUCCGUCGAGGAACAAAUUGUGGAGCGUGCCAAGCAAAAAAUGGUGCUCGACCAUUUGGUGAUACAGCGCAUGGAUACCACAGGCCGAACGGUGCUAGACAAAAGCGGCAAUGGGCACUCCUCCAAUUCCAAUCCCUUUAACAAAGACGACUUGUCGGCCAUACUUAAAUUUGGCGCAGAGGAGCUGUUCAAGGACGAGCAGGAGCACGAGGAGGAGCUUGUUUGCGAUAUUGAUGAAAUCUUGCGCCGCGCCGAGACACGCAAUGAAGACCCCGAAAUGCCCGGUGAUGAUCUGCUUUCGGCCUUCAAGGUGGCCAGCAUAGCUGCCUUCCAGGAGGACGAGCCAAGCGAGUCGGCGAGCAAGGAUCAGCAUGGAGCUGAUGAAGAGGAUGACAGUAAGGAUUGGGACGACAUUAUACCCGAGGGCUUUCGCAAGGUCAUUGAGGAUCAGGCGCGUGCCAAGGAAAUGGAAGAUUUGUACCUGCCGCCGCGCCGCAAAACAGCCGCGGCCAAUAAAAAUGAUGCCGCCAAGCGAGGCACUGCUAAGGGUAGCGCACGUUCCAAACAGGGCGACGAUUCAGCCGAUUCCGAUUAUGAGCUGGGCUCCGAUGCUAGUGGCGCUGGUGGUGAGGAGGGGAGUGGGAGGCAACGCAAACGCGGACGUCCCGCAAUGAAAGAGAAAAUCAAUGGCUUCACCGAUGCGGAGCUCCGUCGUUUCAUACGCAGUUACAAGAAGUUUCCGGCGCCGUUGCAGCGCCUGGAGGCGAUUGCCUGUGAUGCGGAGCUGCAGGAGAAGCCGCUGGCAGAGCUGAAGCGGAUUGGCGAGAUGCUGCAUGAUCGAUGUGUGCAGUUCUUAGACGAGCACAAGGAGGAAGAAAUCAAGACUGUCAAGGAAGAGGAUCAGCAGGGCAACAAACAGCGACGCACCCGCGCCACUUACUCGGUUAAACUGGGCGGCGUGUCGUUCAAUGCCAAAACGCUGCUUUCUUGUGAGGAAGAGCUGCAGCCGCUUAAUGAGCUCAUGCCCAGUUCAGCGCACGAGCGACAGCAGUGGACGUUUAACAUUAAGACUCGUUCAGCCAACUUUGAUGUUGACUGGGGCGCCGAGGAAGACACCCAUCUAUUGCGCGGCAUUUAUCAAUAUGGUAUUGGCUCCUGGGAGCAAAUGAAGUUGGAUCCGACGCUCAAGCUUAGCGAGAAGAUACUGCUCAACGACACACGCAAGCCACAAGCCAAGCACUUGCAGUCUAGAGCCGAGUAUCUACUCAAGAUCAUCAAGAAGAAUGUCGAGCUAACCAAAGGCGAACAGCGACGCCAGCGGCGACCGCGCAAACUGAAAGCCAGCCUCAACUCAAGCACGACAGCUGUCAGCACGCCGGAACGAAAGGAGGGAGCUGCUGAGGAGGGUAGCUCCUCGCUUCCGGGCGAUAAUAGUUCACGACAGGCUGCUGAUGGCACCAGCGUUGUGGCCUCGCCUAUUGCUGCCUCCGCAGCAGCGGCUGAGCACGCCAACGCACAGAAAAAGAAAAAGUCUAAAACCCGCAGUAAGAAAUCAAGCGCAUCCGACAACAAUGGCAACAAGCCCAUGCACUUUACGGCCAACAAUGAGCCUCGAGCUCUUGAAGUUUUGGGUGAUUUGGAUCCCAGCAUCUUCAAUGAAUGCAAGGAGAAGAUGCGACCGGUGAAGAAAGCGCUCAAAGCCUUAGAUCAGCCCGAUCUCAGUUUGUCCGAUCAGGAUCAAUUGCAGCACACACGUGACUGUCUAUUGCAGAUUGGGCGGCAAAUAGACGUUUGUUUACAGCCUUACGGAGAGACCGAAAAAAAAGAGUGGCGCAGCAAUCUCUGGUACUUUGUGUCCAAGUUUACGGAACUGGACGCAAAGCGUCUGUUCAAGAUCUACAAACAUGCCCUCAAACAGCAGACACAAAAGGAUGCCGCGAAUGCAGCAGAUGUUGAUGGCGGCAAAGCGAAACGGUCACGUACGGAAAACGGCGGCACUGCGGAGAAGGAGAAGGAGCGAGACAAGAGUGGAAAAAAGAAGAAAAAGGACAAGGAUAAGGAUAAGGAGCGUCAAGGACGCUAUUCAGGUGCACCUGCCGAGGACAAGUCAGCUCGCCGUUUUGCCAACGAUUCGCCAUUGAAACGAAAACGCGAUGAGAACGAUGCGGAGGCCAGCGGCAUGGCCAUGAGCAACGCUGGCAUCGGUGAUAAUCUUAAGUCUAUGUCGUUUAAGCGCCUCAACAUGGAAUCGGCAUCCACACGACAUGGCAGCCAUGAAGAUCAGCGCAAGAAGCAUCAUAGAGGCGAUGACUACUAUGCAAGUGUGGGCGGUGGAGCUCCAAGUGGCUACGAGGGCAGUAGCGCACGCCGUUCGGGUCUCAACUCACCAUCAGCUGUCGGCAGUAGUCGCCGCUUUGAGCCGCCGCCUGCGGCUUCGAGCUACGCAGCAGAGAUGGACCGUUGGCAUCAACGUGAUCGAUACAACUUUGAUUACAAACGCGAACGCUAUGAUUCACUAUAUUCUCGCGGAGGCGGAGGUGCUGCCGGUAGCGGAUAUCAUCGCGACCAUCGCGAACGUGAUCGCGAGCGACGACCAGACAAGCGCAGAUACCCGUCCGCCCUGCCGCCGCAUGCCUACUCGAGCCAUUACCUGCCGCCCAAUUAUUAUUUGGCGAAUGGCAUGGUACCUGGAUUGCCGCCGCCGCCCCCGAGCUAUCGGAAUGAAUCACGCGGCUAUCCGGUAAUGCCGCGCGACUAUCCCGCUGACUACAGGCGCAGCGAGUACGAGCGACGUACGCAGACGUGAGGAGCAAAUGUCGCUAGUUAUUGUAUAUACAUAUAGGUUAGUUUUAAGCUUGGCUGUGGUGUCUGUGUCGGGCGCUGCUAUUUGAUAAGUCUUUCCGUUACGAUCUUGACACAACGCAAGAGCGACACACUAACACACACACACCUACAUACGCAGGCAAACAAGCACACACAUAAAUUACAAGCAAUCAGAAAACGCAUGAGACAGAUUAGGAAACAUACAUAGCUAAACAUAUGUACAAGUAAUAUAUAGCAGCUAUUUAUAAAUUGUACUGUAAAUUUAAAUUAUAUAUGAACCGCAUAUUGCGUACAUGUCGGCGUUUCGGGCAAAUCACGUAAAUAAGAUAAUUUUACAAUUUCCCUUGUAUAAAGCAUAGGCUUUAAGUUUUGUUCUUUACACCCUUUUUAUACUGUACAGUUAAUUACGGGCAUAUGCCACUUUAACAAGUCUUUUGAAAGCUUUGAAAAUAACAAAAAUUCUCACUAUAUUUAUAAACACAACAAUGAAUAAAGCAAUUAUGUUAAAUAUCCAAAAAAGGAAAAACUAAAAAAUUGUGUAAGUUUUCGUUUUUAUGUUUGUGCAUCUGCACUUUUAUACACUAUAUUUAUAGAGAAACCGCUAGAGGAGUCGUGUAUGUAUUGUAGUUAUUCUUAAUCUAAUAAAUAGGUAUAUAACAUAUGUUGUAGUAUCUGAAGUCUAUAAAUAUGUAUAUCAUUAAAUUAUAAAGAAUUACAUCAUA